AUGAAUACUUCAAAUACAAAUCAUUAUUUCUAACCUUGUCAAUGUCUUGACUAUAUUUUCUAUACAUUUUGCAACUCAUUUGAUAAAUAAAAGUGAGUUUUCAUGGAAAACACAAAAUUGUCUGGGUGACGCCAAACUUUUGAACGGUAGUGUAUAUAUAUAUGUUAUAUAUAUAUGUAUAUAUACAUGUAUUUAUGUAUAUAUAUAUAUGUGUCCACACAUCACCCUCACAGGCCGGGGCCCCUCCCUCGUGGUCCACACCUGCGUCCCGUUCGGCCUGCAGCACCUGGAGGAGGACCGGGAGGCCGUGCAGCCAAUCAUCUUGAAGGAACUCAACGCGCUGCUUCCUGGUCUGCCUCAGCCAAUCAGCAUCAAGUGUCAGAAGUGGAGGUACUCCCAGGUGCUGACCCCGGCGCCGGGCUGCGCGGGUCACAUGACCGUCCGCGCCCGGCCGCCGCUCGUCUGCGCCGGCGACUCCUUCGUCCACUCCAACGGGAGGGCCUCCCUGCAGGAAGUGACCUCACGGGAGGGCCUCGCUGCAGGAAGUGACCUCACGGGAGGGCCUCGCUGCAGGAAGUGA